AUGACAGAAAGGAAGAGGUUUCCAAAGCUAUCUUCGAUUUUCAGUCAUACACACGAUGUACCGAUUGAGAAGAAGCUGCAUGCACAAUCACGCUCACAAUCACAAUCACAAUCACUUUCUACUCCAUCUCGAACAAGUGGUGGUGUUGGUGUUGGUGCUAGUGUUGGAAGCAGUAGCAACAGAAGCAACAGCCACAACAUCAACAACACCAACAAUACCAAUACUAAUAUCAAAAAUAACAGCAGCAGUGGUAUAACUUCGACAAAACUCAACCACCAGCUGCCGCUGCAUAAUCUUUAUCAUCAUCCUGGACCAUCAUCACUGGCAACGAGACCACUCAGCAAACCGCAACUAAGCAAUGUUCCAUCGAACACCCAGCUACGUAAUCAAAACAUUGAUUCCGUGAGAACUUUAAAUCAACAACAGUCACUGGGCAAUUCACGGAUGGAAAUACCUUUACGAGCACCUUCGCAAGAACCUUCACAAGUACACAGUUCAGCUUUUAAUCCACAGAUUCCAAAUGUUUCCCAAACAUCGCAGUACCAAGGAUUUAACAACCAUUACCAAAACAGCAGCAGUAACGAUAACAGCAACAGCAGCUUGAAUACAACACCGUUGCGAGUUCGAAAUGCAGAAUUUAGCACCCGCACCGACCCGUAUGGAAAAAGCGAAAGAGUUGCGUCAAAUCACGAUACCAACCAUCUUACUCCAAUACUGACCGCAAAUACAACCAUGACGAGUCCAACAUCAAACAGACUACGCCGGAAACCACCAAGUGAUUUAGAGGAAUUUAAUUUUCUCACCAAAUCACUAUCUCCAUCUUCAAAGUUGAGUGAUGGCACCUCAAUACCAGAAAGUUCUAAGCAUACGAGCCAAGGCACGCGUUCGGAGGUUAAUGAGACUACAUUGACUGAUUUGGAAAAUGAAAUAGACAAUUUCUUGCAGCUAGAGAGCUCCAACACAGAUGGCAGUAGUGUAUAUGCACACAGUGAUAGGCGUAGCUCAGAGCUUCCUUCAUUAAAUGGCCACGAAUCUGAACAUGCACAGAAAGUCGCCGACCCGUUUAAUAAUUUUAUGGGCGGAGGAAGAGACUACGGGGCUUUAGAAACUGCACCAUUGAAUUACCAACGAACUUCAGCUGGUGCUUCAGUUCCAGGACUGGCAUCUGGAAAAGCAUCCGGAAUUGCGGCAUCAUCUACACCAUAUCCAUUGACAUCGUUUUUGGACACUUAUUCUGAGAGUGUAACACCAACAGAUUCGGUUGAGAACUCUCCACAAAUGCUUCAGAGAUAUAGGUUGGAGAGUCCCGAACAAAAUCAUAGCAGAACUGAAGCCGCUUUUAGAUCACAAGCCAAUGUGACGAAUGCAUCUAAUGCUGUAAAUGAUUCUUCAUCAUCUUCAAAAUCCUCAAUGUCAUUGCUGUCGCCAACAAAAAUAAUGCGUUCUCAAGAGGUACCCUCUUCAACUUCCAUGAUACCGCAAACGAGCUCACAGACAAUACCCGCCUUACCUAUCCAACCUACGCGUUCUUCAUAUUCAAGGACAUCGUCAUCAUCAAGAACGCAGCAAUCAAAUAGGGCAUCAUCAUUGAUUCAAGCAAACCAAAGCUUACCUCCAGCUGAAAGAACAACGAGUUUACAAUCAACCGUUCCUUCCCUUUAUCAAUCUUCAGAGAGCUUGGUACAAUACCCAUUUAAUAAUACUAGAACAAACUCUAUAGGACGACAAACGUCGCAAACCGCGUUCCAUCGUGCAUCGAGCUCGCUUGGUUCCAUCCGAAGUGCAAACUCUUAUAGAAAUGUUAAUCUUGCUCAAUUGAAACGCACCAUUAGUUUGAAACCAGGCGAGGGGGAACGGUCAAACUAUGUUUUAACAAUUAGACGCAGUGGGGGAACUGCAUUUAACGAAGCUGGUCCUUCGAAAUGGAAGUUACCUGUAGGUAUACUACCUAUUGAUAAAGCAGCUACAAAGGAAAAUUCGAACGGAAAGUAUAAGAAACUUGCUGGCAAUUCCAGCAUCACUCGUAAAAAGUCAAGCGGAGUUGAAUUAAAACAUGGUCAUUUAAAGCCAAGAUUAUUGGCAACCGAGAUCGAUGAAGGUGAUAAUUCCACUUCGCUAAGUGUUCCGAAACCACCUGCACCUACAUUCAAUAGCUCGUCUGCGAAUACGUUGAAGAAUGUUUCGUCGCACACAUCUCUGAGUGCCAAAGCUUCGCGUGGAAAUUCACUAAAGAGAACAACAACAGAUGUAUCACUUUUGACUGGAGACACGCAAAGCUUAGCAAGCACAAAGUCUAGUAGCACCAAGGGACGUACUGAAACCAGCCUCAAACGAUCGGAUUCUGCUGCCUCAAGUAGCUCCUCGGGAAGUUUAAGUAAUAGAAUUACAGGAUACUAUCAACACAGGGCUUACAAGUACGGAGAUGAUUAUGACGAUGACGACGAUGAUGACAACGACGACAAUGAUGAUUAUGAUGAUGCUAAUGAAUUUGGUGUUUUUGAAGAUGGGUUUGAUAUCAAGAACAACUAUAAUGGUAAUAAAAGAAAUUACAAGAACAAUAAAGUGAAGAAUAAUGACGAUGAUGACGAUGAUAAUGCGACUGAAACAAUUCUAGAUGGUGAAGAUCAAAAGAAUGCAAGGACUGCGAUGUUUGACUUUAGUAGUGAUGGCCAUGAGAGCAAGACUGGUCUAGGUAUUAGAACAAGUGAAGAAGAGAAACCAACAAGGUUGGUACUAGCAAACCCCGAUUCCGACAGUGAUUAA